AUGAGCACCUCGACUGCCCCCGAGCGAGUAAGCUGGACGGUUUUGUUCAGCAGUCUUGCUCUUUUUACCAUUGUGGGGAACUUCCUCUCUAUAGCGGUAUUCCUUAACAAUUCAAGACUUCGACGCAUGCGCACAAGCCUGCUACUGAUCAACUUAGCGAUCGCUGACCUGCUCGUGGGCUCCGUUGCCGUUCCAAUGUAUAUGGUCUUCCAGUGGCCGGAAAGCGCCAUAGCGAGAGACUUUACUUUUAUCACCUCUUAUGACGCUAUUGAUCUGCUAACCGGCUUUGCGUCCAUAUUCAGCCUAUCUGCGAUUGGUUUGGAGCGUAUGUUCUCUGUUUUCUCCCCUCAUAGGCAUCGAGCGACUGGCAAAGUGCCUUAUUAUGCAGCUGUUAUGGUAUGUUGGCUGCUCUCCUCGCUGCAAGUUUUACUGCGCAUUUUGAAGGCCCACAAGAUUGUGGAGCUCACCGUCUUCUUUUACAACAUGAUGUUCGCACUGUCUUUUGCCUUCGUUGUCAUGCUUGUCACUUACACCGCGGUCUGGUACAAAGUACGGGCUCGUCAGCUCGAGCUGAGCGAUCGUGGGAGGAGCAGCAGAUUGUCAGUUGAACGAGAGCGCAGGCUCAUUCUGACUCUGGCAAUUGUCACCGGAUUCUUCCUCGUCACAUGGUUACCAUUUCAUUUGUUAAACAUUUCCAUGUUCUUCUGCGUUCAAUGUCGACAGCAAACGGCGACCAAUUUCAUCCACGCAAUCAAACUUCUACAUUACAGCAAUUCGUUUGUGAAUCUGAUUAUCUACAGCUGCAGGUUCCCUGACUUCCGCCGAACGCUUUGUCAAUUUUUUGGAAAGACUACGCGUGUUGAUCCUGACACGCAGUCAAAUGUAUUGGGACAUAUGAGUUUUCUAAACACGAACAACCGCAGUCCACCGGUAGAAAUGGAUGAAGGUAUUCCGAUUUCUUCUUACUCAGCAAGAAUUCAAUCCUCGGAGCAUUGUUAG